AUGGCCUCAGAACUGCCUAUCCCGGAUACGCGCGUCCUGGCCGUCGCCAGUCACGUUGUAUCUGGAAACGUAGGGAACAAAAUCGCGGUGUUCACGCUGCAGUCCCUCGGCUACGACGUGGCGGCCCUCAACACCGUCCAAUUCAGCAACCACACAGGUUACAGGCAAUGGAAGGGCACCAGGGUAUCCGCACAGGAGAUUCGGGACCUCUUCGACGGCCUCAAGCAGUCGUACCUUGACGACUUUGAUAUGAUGCUCUCGGGAUACAUCCCGGGCGCCGAGGCUGUUAUCGCCGUGGGCGACAUCGCAAAGGAGCUUAAGCAGAAGCAGACGGCCGCGGGCACGCCCGGGAACUUCUUUUGGGUCUUGGACCCCGUUAUGGGCGACAACGGGAGGCUGUAUGUCGCCGAGGAGGUCGUGCCCGCGUAUCAGUCGCUUGUCGAGUACGCCGACUUGAUUCUCCCGAACCAGUUCGAGGCCGAACUGCUUUCAGGUGUAAAGAUCACAGACAUGCAGACCCUCCAGACCGCCAUCCGUGCCCUGCACACCAAGUACCGCAUCCCUCACGUCGUAAUCACCUCUGUAUCCCUCGCUUCGCCCGACCACCCGCCCUCGCACCUCUCCGUCGUCGGCUCGAGCAUGUCGCCCACCACCAGCGAACCGCGCCUCUUCAAGAUCGUCUUCCCGGCCAUCGACGCCUACUUCUCCGGCACAGGCGACAUGUUCGCCGCGCUGAUGACGGUGCGCAUGCGCGAGGCCGUCAUUGCCGCCUCUGGGGGAGCGGGCGCCGGUGCCGCCGGUGAAGGAGAGGAAGGGGAGGCCCUGCUGAAGGACCGAAAGUCGUGGCUCAGCGGCGACGAGGUCGACGCGCUGGAGCUGCCCCUGGCCAAGGCGGCGGAGAUGGUCCUGGCUAGCAUGCACGAGGUGCUGGCGCAGACGGCGCGCGGGAUGCAGGAGGUCGUGCGGGCCGCCGGGGUGGAUGAAACGACGGAGGAGGGGAGGAAGAGGCUGCACUUGCUCAAGAGCAAGAGCGCGGAGCUGAAGCUCGUGAGGAACCUGGCGAGCUUGAGGGAGCCGGUUGUGGAGUUCCGAGCGAAGAAGUUGUAA